CAGUUCACCACGUGCUAGCACAUUGACAAUUCACAACAAGACUAAAAAAAUGGCGGGCGAAUAUGAAAAGUUACGCAUUUUGGGCUCAGGAACUUUUGGGAAGUCCUGGUUAUCUCAAUGUAAAUCAAGUCAGACAGAAUAUGUUCUGAAAGAAAUAAAUGCUGGGAACGCAACGAGAGUAGAAAUACAACAAACAGUUGCAGACUUGUUAUUGAUUUGUGAGUUAAAACAUGAGAAUAUUAUAGAAUAUUUGACAGCAUAUGUUGAAGAUCGCGGGUUGUUUUUAGUUCAGCAAUAUGCAGAUGCUGGAAAUCUAGAAGUGAGAAUAAAAGAGCAGGGUAAUAUUCAUUUUACUGAAUGUUUAAUAUUAAACUGGUUAAUACAGAUGACCAUGGGACUAGCAUUUCUACAUACAUCUCAUAUACUACACAGAAAUUUAAAUCCAAACAAUAUUGUGUUUACAUCGGAUAAUUGUUUGAAAUUAACAGAUUAUGGUCUAACAGAGGUGUUGAGUGAUAAGUGUUAUUAUGGCUUGAAUUUUACCAGAUCAACCCACUACCUCAGUCCAGAAAUAUGUCAAAAUGAAGAAUAUAACUCUAAGAGUGAUAUAUGGUCAUUAGGAUGUAUAUUAUAUCAGUUAUGUUCUUUACGGGUUCCAUUUCAAGCACCUGAGUUUACUUCUCUACUGAUGACCGUUCAAUCAGGAGCUUAUGAUCCAAUUCCAAGACAUUAUGGCUUACUAUUACAAGAUUUGGUUGCUGUGAUGUUGAGAAUACCAACAGGUGACCGACCAAGCAUAGACCAAAUUCUUUCAGUACCAGACCUACAACCGUAUAUUUCAGAAUACAGACAUAAUGAGAGUGGCAGUAUCAAAAUUAUUGAGAGAAAACGACAAUUGCCUUCUCCAUUCAUCCAACCUGGUGAUGAAAAGAAAGAUAAACAUGAAAAAACAAACGAAGUUAACAAUGACAUUGGAUUUCUGCCACCGAUGGAAGUACCGUUUGAUGAAAAUCACAAUGUUAUACUAAACUCCGCCACGUUAGAUGGCCCGGAUGACUGUGACAAAAUCAUUACUAAGGCGGAGGAGAAAGAAAUAAUUGGUUGUUAUACACCUGAGAAGAGGAAAGAGGAAGAAAUGUCGAUAGAUCAUAAAACACCUGUUAGUAAAACUCCAGAAUAUCAUCUCCCUGCUGAUUGUUUUAGUGUUGAAAGUCCCAAAAAAAUGAGAUUAACAGUUUCACCGUUAAUGAAGGCCAGAAUGUGUAAGCAACGAGCUGCAUAUUCAUGUGAAAAGGGUAUGAAGCUAAAUGUGGGAAACCAGGGUUUGGGUGAAGCUCCAAUAAUGAAUUUAUGUCAACCAUUUACCAGUGUGCGCAGAUCAAGGUCUGUUAAAAGUAUUGUUAGCAGAACCCCAGAUAAGAAUCUUGCGACACCACCAGUGAUGUCACCUAGCGAAAUAAUGAAUGAUUCUGGUUUACCUGACAGUGAUGUGUUUGCAGCAGGUCUCGUCUCUGGGACUCAGACUUCUAGUGAUACAAAUUCGGCCACAGGGGCUGUAUCUACACCAUUUCGUGUUCCCUUAGAUCGACCUCGACGUUCGGUUCCUGUAGUUGAUAUGAGAGAAGAGAAUGUUGUUAAUGUACAGAAUGUACAUAUGUUAUACCUGGCCAUGCUGGAGAGUAAGACAUGUGAAAGUCGAGCCCAUGCCACCUUAACUCUUUAUCUACAGAAAAAACUUGGCAUGGACGUGUUUCAACAACAUUACCAACUUUGCAAGGAGGCUGUCGACACACAGAUGGAUUUUGAUCUUCUGAAAGGACAAAUGAAAAAAAGUAUUACUUAUUUGCCACUCUUUACAGAGAUUCUGCGGCUGGAAAAUGAACUGGCAGAAACGAAAGACUGAAUUUCUAAGAUAUGUUUAAAUCUUAGCCAUUGUCAUAAACAAAAUUGUAGAAAUUGUGCUAUUUUUUUUUUCAUAAAUUAUUGAUCAUUUCCACCAAUAUUCAUCAAUAAAUUGAAACUAUAU